AGAGGCGUGAGAGCCGGCAUGAAUGGUCAUACGUCCAACCAUUCCAGUGGUUAUGGAAUCUACCCUUCUCAAAUGAAUGGUUACGGAUCUUCCCCACCCUACUCCCAGAUGGACAGAGAACACUGCUCCAGGACAAGUGCAAAGGCCCUUUAUGAACAAAGGAAGAACUAUGCCCGAGACAGCGUCAGCAGUGUGUCGGACGUGUCCCAGUACCGAGUGGAACACCUGACCACCUUUGUGCUGGACCGGAAAGAUGCCAUGAUAACCAUCGAUGACGGAAUAAGGAAGCUGAAGCUACUUGAUGCCAAGGGCAAAGUGUGGACCCAGGAUAUGAUUCUCCAAGUGGACGACCGAGCUGUGAGCCUCAUUGACUUGGAAUCAAAGAACGAAUUGGAGAAUUUCCCUUUAAACACAAUCCAGCACUGUCAAGCAGUGGCACACACAUGCAGCUAUGAUUCCAUUCUCGCCUUGGUAUGCAAAGAGCCAACGCAGAACAAGCCAGACCUUCACCUUUUCCAGUGUGAUGAGGUUAAGGCAAACCUAAUUAGCGAAGAUAUUGAAAGUGCUAUCAGUGACAGUAAAGGCGGGAAACAGAAGAGGCGGCCGGAGGCCCUGAGGAUGAUUGCCAAAGCAGAUCCUGGCAUCCCUCCUCCUCCCAGAGCUCCUGCCCCUGUGCCACCAGGGACCGUCACACAGGUGGACGUUAGGAGUCGAGUAGCAGCCUGGUCUGCCUGGGCGGCUGACCAGGGUGACUUCGAGAAGCCCCGGCAGUACCACGAGCAAGAGGAGACGCCCGAGAUGAUGGCAGCCCGGAUUGACAGGGAUGUGCAAAUCUUAAACCAUAUUUUGGAUGACAUCGAGUUUUUUAUCACAAAGCUCCAAAAAGCAGCUGAAGCAUUUUCUGAGCUUUCUAAAAGGAAGAAAAGCAAGAAAAGUAAAAGGAAAGGACCUGGAGAGGGCGUUUUAACACUGAGGGCAAAACCGCCACCUCCUGAUGAGUUUGUUGACUGUUUCCAGAAGUUUAAACAUGGAUUCAACCUUCUGGCCAAGCUGAAGUCCCAUAUUCAAAACCCGAGUGCUUCGGAUCUGGUUCAUUUUUUGUUUACUCCACUAAAUAUGGUGGUCCAGGCAACUGGUGGCCCUGAGCUGGCCAGUUCGGUACUCAGCCCACUGUUGACGAAAGACACAGUUGAUUUCUUAAAUUACACAGUCAAGGCAGAGGAACGGCAGCUGUGGAUGUCACUGGGAGAGACGUGGAUGAAAGUGAGAGCAGAGUGGCCGAAAGAACAGUUCAUCCCACCUUACGUUCCGAGGUUCCGAAACGGCUGGGAGCCCCCAAUGCUGAACUUCAUGGGCGCGCCCACAGAGCCAGACAUGUAUCAGCUGGCAGAGUCCGUGGCCAACGCAGCAGAACACCAGCGCAAACAGGACAGCAAGAGACAGUCCACCGAGCAUUCCAGCAUGUCCGACUAUCCUCCAGCCGAUGGCUAUACGUUCAAUAACAGCAUGUACCACAGAGGACCACAUGUGGACCAAGGGGAGGCUGCCCCGGCUCUCAAGUCAACCCCUAAUCGCCAUGUAGAUAGAAAUUAUGACCCGGUCAAAACACAACCCAAGAAAUACGCCAAAUCCAAGUACGACUUUGUGGCGAGGAACAGCAGCGAGCUCUCAGUUAUGAAGGAUGAUGUCUUAGAGAUACUCGAUGAUAGAAAGCAGUGGUGGAAAGUCCGGAAUGCCAGCGGAGACUCUGGGUUCGUGCCAAAUAAUAUUCUGGAUAUCAUGAGAACUCCGGAAUCUGGAGUGGGGCGCGCUGAUCCCCCAUACACACACACCAUACAGAAACAAAGGACGGAAUACGGUCCAAGAUCAGCUGAUACCCCUUCUGCCCCAUCGCCCCCUCCAACGCCAGCACCCGUUCCCGUCCCCCUUCCACCUUCUGCACCAGCACCCGUUCCUGUGCCCAAGGUUCCAGCGAAUGUCACCCGUCAGAACAGCAGCUCCAGUGAGAGUGGGGGCAGCAUCGCAAGGGACAGCCAGAGAUACAAACAACUCCCAGUGGACCGAAGGAAAUCUCAGAUGGAGGAGGUGCAGGAUGAACUCUUCCAGAGGCUGACCAUCGGGCGCAGCGCCGCGCAGAGGAAGUUCCACGUGCCACGGCAGAACGUUCCAGUGAUCAAUAUCACGUAUGACUCCUCCCCAGAAGAAGUGAAGACGUGGCUGCAGUCGAAAGGUUUCAACCCUGUGACGGUCAGUAGCCUUGGGGUGUUGAACGGAGCGCAACUCUUUUCUCUCAACAAAGACGAGCUGAGGUCUGUCUGCCCUGAAGGUGCCAGAGUGUUCAGCCAAAUCACCGUCCAGAAAGCCGCUCUGGAGGACAGCAGCGGAAGCUCUGAGUUACAAGAAAUCAUGCGGAGACGGCAGGAGAAGAUCAGCGCUGCGGCCAGCGACUCGGGAGUGGAGUCCUUCGAUGAAGGGAGCAGCCACUGAUUUCCUUGAACUCCGUUAUCCUUGGCACGGCUGUUGGAUGGUGUUGGACAUGCUUUGUUUUAAGAAGCCUUGAAGGGAAUGUCAAAUCUAUUGUCUUGGUAUAUGUAAUCCAUCUCCAUAAAAGGAGACCGUAUAAUGCCUGAGUAAGCAGAGGACUUGCUGCUUCUGCGCCCACUGUUUUGAUUAAAACUGAGAAGUGGGCAGGUGAGAGGGCUCAGCAAGUAGAGGUGCUUGCUGCCAAGCACAGAGGCCUGAGUUCGAGUCCCCGGGCCUACAUGGUAGAAGGCAGAGAGCUGGCUUCUGCAAGUUGUCCUUUGACCACCACACAUAGAUAAAUAACAAAUGUAAUUUUAAAAAAAUUUUAAAGAAAGUUUAAUUAAAAAAAAAAAACAGAAGUUUUAGACUGUUCUCAGCUUGGGAAAUAUUUUUUUCCCACUUUCCUAAGGUGUUUUCCCCUUUGCUACAUUAAUUAUCACAGCCUUGCUUGACGAUCUGAGUGGAUUUGACAGUGGCAAAUGCAUUCACUACAACAGGGAAAGACACAGCCAGCGAUGAAAACGGUCUCAGCUUUCAGUGACUGGGAUGCCUGCCAUCCAGGGAGGAGGCUCAGUUAGACUACCCUCAGCCCACGUGAGGUCUGUCCUCUGACAUUCCCAACGGGGGUGUAUUUAUCAUUAUUUAAAGUUCUUAAUGCCAACAGUUUUUAAAAAAUGAUCACAUUUGAAUGAACUGUACAGUAGGACACUAUACUCUGUCCCCGAGAAACUUUCUUCCCCUCAGCUCUGUUGAUUGUGAAAUCUUGCAUAGAUUAUGCUUCGAUGUAGUUUCUGCUUAUUACGUCAACUGUAAUUAAACACGAGAAAGCACAAGUUCAAAGUAAGGCAUAUGCACUCACGAUCAGAGUAGCCCACCUUGGUGUUUAUUACAGUAUUUCGCUUAGCGAAGGCCCCAGUUAUAAAUAUUGACAUAAGUAGUCAAAGGAUAUUGGGCCAUUGUAUGUGUUUUAUCUGUGUAUCAGGGACACUUAAUUUACGUGUACUCUAGCCCCAUGGAAGAGUCUACAUGGAGAGAAAGCACAUCGCUAACCUUCAACAAAUGUUAUUUUUGGAAACACAGGUUUUUGUCAUUAAACAUAAUGUUAUUUCACAUAUACAAAGGAGAUGUUAUGUAAGAAUGUUGUAUAUUUUAACAUAAAUCCAUUUAGAGAGAUUAUCUAGAUUCAUUAAUUUUUCAUAGUGCCUUUUUCACACGAGUCAGCUGGAGAGAGCCUGCAAUAAACAGUAUUUGCUGUGUAUUAAUAAAUAGCUCCUAUCUCGUCAA